AGCAGACACAGAGAGCGGUGGAUUUUUUUUUUAAUCUUACCGCAGCAAACCGGCCAAGAAACUCCUCCACUUCAAGGAUUUAUAACCAACUGAAAGACUUUUCCUCGGUGGGAUUGUUUCGUCUCAAAAGCUGAGACAGAGCAAUGUUUCUCCUGCAGUACACCGGGCUCAAAGCUCUGCCGUUUGACCCAGCAAGCAACAACAACCCUCUCCAGUUCAGCAGCUCCAACGCGCCACUGGUGACUAAGUGUCCCUCUCUGGAAAACGCUGCUGAAAAUGGCAAGAAGAGGAAAAGAACCAGCCUCCCUCCAGACAGUAACCAUAACCUGACCAUGGACUCUAACUCCAUGAUGUUCCCCAUGUCAGACCCCAACGCCUGGGCAACAGCCAUGAGCAACCUCGGGAUGGCUCCAUUAAGCAUGACUGGACAGCAACUCAUGCCAGAAGUCAUUCAUCCCUCUGGCAACCUAGCAGUGUUUUCAUUAUCACCUGCCUCCUCUUCCUCUGUCACCUGGCUAAAGACGGAUGUAGAGGUCAUCAACAGGAGACAGAGAAAGCCAGAUUUUGACCCCAAUCUCGGGCUGAUGACUGGCAUUUCCACCAUAAAUCCCAUGAUUCCCGGCCUGGGCCUGGUGCCCCCACCCUUCUCCCAGGACCUGCCAGUUGUCAAGGAGAUCAUCCACUGCAAGAGCUGCACACUGUUUCCUCCCAACCCCAACCUUCCGCCUCCAGCCAUGAGGGAACGCCCUCCAGGGUGUAAGACGGUGUUUGUUGGAGGUCUGCCAGAGAAUGCCACUGAACAGCUCAUCAUGGAGGUUUUUGGACAGUGCGGGGAUAUUGCUGCCAUCAGGAAGAGCAAGAAGAACUUCUGCCAUAUUCGAUUUGCUGAGGAGUUUACUGUGGACAAGGCUCUCCUCCUUUCUGGUUACCGCAUCCAUUUGGGCUCCAGCACAGACAAAAAAGACUCUGGUCAUCUCCACGUGGACUUCGCCCAGGCCAGAGAUGACUUCUAUGAGUGGGAGUGUCGGCAGCGCAUGCUGGCCAGAGAGGAGCGGCACCGGCGCAAGAUGGAGGCAGAUCGCCUCAGGCCACCCUCGCCUCCUCCCAUCAUCCACUAUUCGGAGCAUGAGUGCUGCGAGCUGGGAGACAAGAUCAAAGAUGACAAUAAGUUUGCAGAUGCAGUGCGUGUGCUCUUGACCUGGUUGGAACGAGGUGACGUCAACCGCAGAAAUGCCAACAACUUCUACUCCAUGAUCCAGUCCUCCAACAGCCACAUCCGCCGGUUGAUGAGUGAAAAGAGUCAGCAUGAGAAGGAGAUGGAAGAAGCCAAAGACAAGUUCAAGACCGCGAUGACCGGCAUACUGGUUCAAUUUGAACAGAUUGUGUCUGUAUUCCACGCUGCUUCAAAACAAAAGGCAUGGGACCACUUCUCCAAAGCUCAGCGCAAGAACUUGGACAUGUGGUGCAAACAAGCAGAGGAUAUUAGAAACAUGCACCAUGAGCAGCUUAUGGGCAUCAGGGGAGAAGAGGAGAUGGAAAUGUCUGAUGAUGACAUGGAGGACUCUUCUGCUUCCAAAAACAAAGACUCUGAGGACUCAGGUGUUUCCCAAGUGGAAGCCUUAAAGGAGGAGAAUGACUCCCUGCGCUGCCAGCUAGAUGCCUACAGGAACGAGGCGGAGCUGUUCAAACAGGAGCAAGGCAAGAACCAACCAGCCAGGAGCAAGGAGGACAACACACACUCUCAGCAGCUCAGCUUCUUACAGCGGGCUCUGCAAGGCAUGCAGAAGCAACUUCUGAGAAUGAGAGAAGAGUUGAAGGAGCGAGAGGCAGAGCUUGAGAGGAGUAUUGAAGACAAACAGCUGCUGAAGAACCAAAUCGAUAACUUCAAGCUGGAGAUGUUAAAGCAAGAUGACAGGGGGAGCAAACAGAGUGCUAAUCAAGUCAGUGAUGUAACAGCAUCAUCAGUGGUCUCAUGCAGUCAAGAGAAGGAAGGUCUUCCAGAGAAGAAUCAGCCCAGUCCUGUGCACUCUGAGAGGGACGCAUUGCUAGUCGGGAUCAUUUCAACCUUCUUGUACGUCCACCCGUUUGGAGCCAGCAUCGAGUACAUCUGUUCCUACCUGCAGCGUUUGGACACCAAGAUUAACUGCAGCGAAGUGGAGGCUCUUCUCUCUCGGCUGCCUUGCACCUUCAGACAGGAGCUGACCGGAGUAGGAGCCAGUCUGGAGAAACGCUGGAGCUUCUACGGCUUCCAGGGCAUCAAGAGCACAUAGACUCUGCUGGUGACACUUCUGGGACAAUGAAGAGAUGAGAGAUAGACAGGAAAACGUAGGUAAACUGAGGAUGCUCUAGAAAUGGGGAGGAAGCCCAUAACUAGACAAUGGGCCUUACCCACUUAGACAACAGCAUAAAUUAUUCACCGCAGAUCUCAGAUCAGAAAAGGGUGGUCUAUGUAGGUGGCAGAGAGAUAAAUAUACAGGUUUUUGUAAUGGCAAAUUAAUUGGCAGCAUCUCUAUGGUGACCAAGAGGUGGAUGUAUCUCUAUGGUGACAGACAUCUCUCUCUUUCUUUUUUGUACUCAUGAGAUUCAACUAAAAAUCCCAAAUUCAGCUGCAUUAUGGGAUCGUUUGUAUUUUUAUACUCGAGCCCACAGUUGGCUCAUUCUGCUCACCCGGGCCUGGACUUUCAGGGCUACACAGGAAAGUCAUCAGGGUCUAUUUUCAACAUUUAAACCCUCCGGCUUCUCUUUUUCCACCUCUUGAUUUUUGUACGAGCAUGUAAAAUAAAUUCUAUUAUUUCCUUCUACCUUCUGUUUUGACUAUUAAAAGUGAAAACGUGGC